AUGGAUGCGCUCCACGACAGCCUCCACGGCUCAGUCCUGGAUCGGGACGUCCUCUCGCCGCCCUGGAGCGCCCUUGGCCGCGACCUGACGCUCGGCCUGGUGUCUGGCCUCGGCAAGCUGCUGCUGCGGGGCCUCAACACGCUGCAUGUGGAGCCAGAUGGGUUGCAGCGGUUCAGGGACCUCACCAUGCAGCGCGAGGAGGGCAUCGGCCUGCUUACCUACUCAAACCACACGAGCACGUUCGACGACCCGGGCCUGCCGAGCGCGCUGCUGCCGUGGUGGCUGUUUUGGACGGAGCACAGCCAUGGGAAGAUGCGGUGGACGAUGUGCGCGCGCGACGUGUGCUUUCUGAAUGAUGUCAUGAGGCAGUUCUUCCUGAACGGCAAGGCGCUGCCUGUAGAGCGCGGCGGUGGCGCGGCGCAGCCUGUCAUUGGCGUCGCCGCGCGGCGGCUGGCGGCUGGCGACUGGCUGCACGUCUUCCCGGAAGGCCGCGUGCAGCCGGCCGGCGACGUCGGCGCAUUCCGUCAGGUGCACUGGCGGGUGAUGAUGGGGUGGUGA